UACAAUGUAGGCUAACCAUGUUUGGCUCAAUGCGUUUGAUACAUCUGGGUCCGCGCUGAUAUUUUCUACCGGUAUAUUUUAUUCACUGCGACGGAGAGGAGGAGAGUUCUACGCGGUUUGGUGCAGAGAUCAGUGUCUGAUAUCGUGAGCGGAGCGCGGCAUAUGGCUGGUGACGGCGGGGAGGCCAAGCGUCUCCCAAAGAGACCGUUUCACGGCGAGGAAGACGAGAACUCGAGCGCGUCCAUGAAUGAAAACGUCAAAACUCCGCCUGGAAAAAAGACUCCGUCCGAAGCCCAUGGCGGGAAGGAACGGCGCGGUAAGGAGAACUCUGCUUUGAAGUCUACGGGAUUGACGCACUUACACACAAGCGGCUCUGCAGAGGCGAAGAUGGACCAGACGGUCCUUCACGGCUCGCGAGAGGACCCAAGCAUAUUCUUCGACGAGGACAGCAAUCACAUUUUUCCUGUGGAGCAAUUUUUUGGGAACCUGGAUGUUGUUGAGGAUUACCCACGCAAAACCCCAGGCAGUAAGAGCAUGAGUCGGAGACAAUAUAGGAGUAUGCAUUAUUAUGCCAAAGAGGACAGUGAAGAGGAGCAGCUAUGAGAACACUUAUCAGUAAAAAACAUGUGUGCCACAGUCUUGACUUUGAGCCUGUAGGAGUUGGGCAAAUCGAUUAAAUUCAGGAAAGGAGAUUCAUGCUGUAAAAAUGAGCAUGAUUAGACAAUUGUUUUUAAGCAAGAUGUUUUUUUUUAUUUUUUUUUAUAUAAAGCCAAAAGCCUUCACAGUGAUUGUUUAAUUGGCAAUUUACUCAAUUAACUUAAAUGCAAGUAACUUGAUGGGAUGUGCUCUCAAGGAAGGCAUUCUGUAUACACCUGAUACAAUGAUCAGUGAUAUGGUAAUUUUGCAUUGUGCAGUUUUAUAAAGAGAGGCACAUAUAUUCAGGCAUGCAAACUCAUGAGCAGUGUAAAAGGUGAGGAAGUCAUAGCAGGUGUUCCAGGUGUAUAAUUUCUGUUUAACCUUUUGUUGUAUUUAAAGCUUUUUUUUUUUUUUAAAUGUAUAAGCUUCAAGUAACCCUUUCAAGUGAUUUUAAUAAGGAAAAUGUAGAACAUUUUAGCUUCAGAAAAGGUGAUUUUAGCUGAAAGGUGAGUAGUUUGCAUCCCUGAAUAUUAUUAAUGGUGAAAAUGUUUUGUUAGUCCACCCCUAAUAGAUUUCCAAAUUGUUACACUUGUGCUAUACUAGUGAAAGUACAGUAAGCAUAUUUUUUUCUAGACCUCUGGCUUAAACCAUUAUUUUUCAGCCAUGAGAUCGGAGUUUGUGCUGAGAUGUAUAUUAUGGAAAACAAUCUUGAGAACACUUUACUUUGGAGUUGAUCCUGCAGCGCUGGCCAACACUGGAGUUUCUACCACUUGUCCUUACUGAUAUGCUCUGAAAUCAACAAAUAAAACACAGAAGUUUAAUUACAGAUAGUUUUAUCAGUCAAGUGCCUCAAGUAGGAUAAGUCUGCUGUUCAGACUUUUAAAGCAAUUUGAGCUUGUACAUUCUUAAAAUGUUCUCUGAAUUUGGCACUUUUUAAAAUUUCUCUGUUGAGAAUGAAUGGAUUUGUUUUUGGAAAAAAACAGACUUUAUAUAUAAGAUGUGGUGCUGUAUAAUUAAAAAAAUGAAGCAUGUAACAAUUGUGACAGCCUCUAUUUUGCUUUUUGGUAUGUUAUUUUUAAUGGUAAUGAUCUCAAAUUAAGACAUUUGUCCAAUUUCUCCGAUAUUUUUAAGGUUAGAUAUGGAAAUCUGUAAUAUUAAACCAAAAACGGCAACCAAUGUUAUGCAUGUUGCUCCUCUAGGAUCAUGAUUUAUCUGUAUUAACAUAAAUUUGCCAAGAGGUGAUAUUUGUAUGAUUUUAUUAGACCGGAUUUGCAUUAAUUACUAGUCAACAAUUUAUCAUUUUAAAAUGUAGUUUCUAAGCUAAUAUGUAUAAAUUGUAUGAGGUAAAAAUUAUAAACAGUGUGAUUUUUGAAGUUUAUAUUUUUCUAUUGAAGUGAUGAAUUUUUCUAACUUUUGCUACCUAAUGCCUUGUAUGUGUCAUGUCAAUUUUGUUUACUUAUUUAAUGCCAAGUGUUCAGUGUAUGAUAUAAAAGCUACAAUACUCCGUCCAGAAAAAAUAAACCUCAUUAACCGCUUUG